UGUUAACAUAGCAAGUAAAGAUAUCACACAACGUUGUCCCAAUCAAACAGGUGCAAUAGUAUGGUAUGAUUUAUGCAUGUUAAGGUACUCCGAUCAGUUCAUCUUCUCAACUAUGCAAGAAAAUCCAACUUGGUAUUUGUGGAAUGUCAAUAAUGUGUCAAACCCAGUUCAAUUUAAUCAGACUUUGGCAAAUUUAAUGAAUGACCUUGUGAACCAAGCUGUCUUUGGUUCUUCCACUCGAAUGUUUGCAGCUGGGGCUGUGAAUUAUACAAACAGCUUUGAGAAGACUCAUGGGUUAAUUCAGUGUACUCCUGAUAUAUCUCAGAAUGACUGCAAUAGAUGCUUAGUUGAAGCUGUUGCUCAUAUCCCAAAUUGUUGCAAUGCAAAGCAAUGUGGGAGAGUUCUCAUGCCCAACUGUAAUUUGAGGUUUGAGCUCAAUGAUCCUUUCUAUGAAUCAAUAGCUGCUCCAACACCUCCAUCACCUUCUUCAACUCCUCCUCCUCUUUCCUCGCCUCCACCAGCAAACAGUAUAGUAACACAGGGGAAAGGAAAAAAUUCGUCGACUAUUGUCAUUAUUAUUGUCGUCAUGGCAAUAACAGCAGUUAUUCUUGUUUCUACCCUAUUUAUAUGGUUUUGUAUGAGGAAGCCAAAGAGUGAAAUUGAUGGUGUGGCUGAUAUCAAUGUGGCACAAUCCUUGCAAUUUGACUUUAAUACAAUAAGAGCUGCCACAGACAACUUCUCUGAUAUGAAUAAGCUUGGACAAGGUGGCUUCGGUGCUGUCUACAAGCUAAUGAUCCAUUACUAUGAUACAAGCAUGCAACAAAAUCUUAACAUAUACAGUUUAAAGUUGCAUUCUGAAUUCUUAAAGGGUAAGCUUUUGAAUGGACAAGAAGUUGCUGUGAAUAGGCUAUCUAGAGAUUCUGGACAAGGUGAACUAGAAUUUAAGAAUGAGGUGGUGUUAGUGGCCAAGUUGCAGCACAGGAAUCUUGUACGACUCCUUGGCUUCAGCUUAAAAGGAGAAAAAAAGCUCCUGAUGUAUGAAUUCUUGCCAAAUGCAAGCCUCGAUCACUUCAUAUUUGGUUAG